AUGGCCAUAGGGUUGCCCUUACCCAAAGAAAUCUCUGACCUUCUGAUUGCAUGCCGAGAGGCCAUCAAAGAACAGAGAUAUGAAGAGGCAAUAAAUUCAAUCACCGCGGCACUGCAUGGCUCCAUAGCGAACAACACUACGGUCACCGAGCUGAUCGGUGUCUACGACUAUCGUCAUGCCGCGUAUGUGCGUCAGGGUGACCUGGAAUUCGCCCUUCAGGACGCCAAAACCAUGAUCCGGCUUGACCGCAACGAUGUGCGAGGAUAUCUUCGAUGCAGUGCGGUCAACCGGUUGAUGGGCAACAUGGCUGUCGCACUGCAAUUCCUGGAGCAGGGGCUCAAGCACUGUUCCGAAGCAGAUGACCAGGACAUACUCCUGAAAGAAACCCAGAGAGUGCGCGACAAGCUGGCCGCCGAGCGUGUCCUUUCACGGCCAAGAGACCCCGUGGCCACACUUCCCUUGGAGGUAAUUGAGUUCAUCAUGUCAUACCUCGACUAUAGACAGCACGUUCGAAUGCUCCGAGUUUCGACCUCUUGGAAGCGCGUACUGAGCGUCCUUCCACCUCUGAUUGACACGGUCUCUUUCGUGGGCGCCAAAACAACCGUCUCCUCAAGGAUGGUGCGCGCAGCUCUCAGGCGAAUUAUGGCUCCCAAGAUCCUCAGGGCGGUUGGCCUGACAAGUGGUGCUAGCACCGUACUCCAGGACUGGCUCCACUGGGACAAAAGGAUAUCUUGCCUGGAAGUGCUCGAGAUCAGUGAUCCGACCAUCCCCAUGCGCACAUUCUCUUUCAGGAGCGACGUACUGAGAGAGAUUGCGCUUGACUUCCCGACGCUCUGUGGGAUGGAAAUAGUCCAAGAGGUCCUGCGGCGGUGUACGGCCCUGGAAUAUGCCCGGUUCACGACCUGUGUGUCUGGGGAUCAAUUUCCUCGGUGGACGCUCAGAAGCAACACUUUAAUUGAACUGGACUUGAAUUGCGAAAAGAACCCGGCCGAAUUUCUCCGACUUAUCAUUGAUUUGCCGGAAAUCCGUGUCCUCUCUUUGAGUGGUUUUAAUGACCCGCAAUGGCCAGGAGAUCUGGAUUUGCGCGAUUCCCAGUAUCUGACGACCCUCUGCCUGUAUGAUUGUGCCAUCCGGGAUCUCUAUCUCCCGCCAACCCUCAAACACUUGCGCAUGGAAAGCUGUGAGAUGCAGACAGAAAGAGCCCCAUGGCCUGCCGCAGGACCACAACCAAUGCUCCCUGGGCUGGACAAUCUCGAGACCCUCAGCAUGCUUCAUAGCUUUCCAGGGGCCCGAUUCUCAGAGCCGUUUUUGCCAAUCAUCCGCCAGUCCGCGGCGCUGACAGACCCCGGCCACCUCAAGUGCCUGAAGUUCAGCUACAAUCUGUCUUCACUAGAUCAUUUCGAGGCGAUCAUACAAGCGAAAUGGUGCCUGGGCCUGACGGAGCUACAUAUUGAUAGCCCCAAUAUCGUUGACCGAUGCAGCCCUUUUGUCGUUCGAUCCUGUCCUGAUCUCGAGGUGUUCCAUAUCCGGGGGGCACCGAUCACGGGUGUCUUCAUCGUCGAUCUCAUCCUGGCGCCGAGAUCUAAGCUGCGGGCCGUCACCGUGCAAGACUGCCCCAAGGUCCACAAAGAUAUCAUACCGUACGGGGAGGGACGCGGCGUGCACGUCAAAUUCAUCUCAUCGGCAGAGAAGGCCGGCAAAGGCAGUGGGCGCAGAGUACGCGAGUUGGAGUAA